AUGAAGGGUGUUUUCCCCAUAUUCGUACGUGCAGAUUCUUUUUCCAAAUUAGACGAUACCAAGCUUCCACCCAUUGAUGGUUUCUAUAACGAGCUUAGAAAAGAAGCCAUCAAACAAGGAGAUUACGAGCGUGCAUUGAACGUAUGGAAUUUAUUUAAAUGUCAAACUUUAGGCGAAUAUUCAGAUAUAUAUUUAAAAUCCGACGUACUAUUAUUAACUGAUGUUUUUGAGAAUUUUAGAGAGGUGUGUCUACAAACAUACGGUCUAGAUCCUUGUCAAUACUUCACCGCACCAUCUCUGUCCUUUGACGCGGCUUUAAAAACUACAUCUAUCGAGCUGAAAUUAUUGACAGAUCUAGACAUGAUACAUUUCUUUAAACACGGGAUUCGCGGCGGUGUCAGUCAAUGUAGUGUUAGAAAAGCUAUCGCGAAUAACAAAUUUAUGUCUAUAUACGACGCUUCCAAACCUACUUCCUACAUUAUGUACUUGGAUGCUACCAAUUUAUAUGGUGCAGCCAUGUCGCAAUAUCUACCAACAGGUAACUUUACGUGGCUAACAGAAGAAGAAAUUUCAAACUUAAAUUUUAUGAAUAUCGAUAAAAAUUCUAAUAUAGGUUAUGUUUUUGAAGUCGAUUUAGAGUAUCCGGAGCAUUUACAUGAUUUACACAACGAAUUACCCUUUUGCCCAGAGUCCGUUCAACCAGAGGGAUCUAAAGUUUCAAAAUUAAUCCCCAAUUUUAAUUCUAAAGUUAGAUAUGUAAUUCAUUAUCAAAAUUUACAACAAGCGUUGAACCAUGGUCUGAAACUUGCCAAAAUUCAUCGCAUUUUAUCAUUUAAUCAAUCUCCCUGGUUGAAAACCUACAUUGAUCUAAAUACAGCAAAGCGUAAUAACGCUGAAAAUAAGUUUGAAAAAGAUUUUUUCAAACUUAUGAAUAACGCUGUAUUUGGAAAGACAAUGGAGAACGUGGAGAAACGGGUAAAUAUUAAGUUAGUUACCCACUGGGAAAAUAUUGGUAGAAAGCUAGGGGCAGAAGCGUACAUUUCCAAACCGCAUUUUAAAGACUUGACGAUUUUUAGCGAGAAUUUAGUCGCAAUACAUAUGGCUAAACAGAAAAUCGUAUAUAAUAAACCUAUUUACGUAGGUUUUUCAAUUUUGGAAAUUUCCAAAACUAUUAUGUAUGAUUUUUUGUAUAGUUAUAUUAAACCAAAGUACGGUAAUAAAGCCUCACUGCUCUACACUGACACCGAUUCUCUAAUUUUACAAAUUCAAACCGACAAUUUUUAUGAUGACAUGCGCGAAAAUUUGGAUAGAUUCGAUACGUCAAAUUACUCGCAAAACAAUCCACACGAUAUUCCUGUAAAUUCGUCUGUGUUGGGCCGUAUGAAGGAUGAAUAUGCAGGAAAAAUUUUGUGGGAGUUUUAUGGAACUGGGGCUAAAGCAUAUUGUGUAAAUGUGGACAGAAAGUUAACGAAAAAGGCCAAAGUAUGUGCCUGA